AUCUGGUCCGAAAAAGGGAGCAGCGUUUUUAUUUCACAAACCUGCCCUUGCUCCUACCAUUCACUCUGGAGUGAGAUGUUUUUCCAUUAUGGUUUUUAUUUAGUUAAUCGCAGUUGUAGUAGCGCUUCCAAUGAAUGAACAGUGUAGAUGAUUAGAUCUAAGAUAAAUCCGACUCCUGCUGGUGUUUCUGACAGGUCAGCCGUACAGAAACAGCAGCUAACAGUGAGCGCUGAUUGCAGCCACAUCAGAACAGACGUCUCCUCGGCUGAAGAGGAGGCCGCUCAGCAGGAAGGCGCCAUGGAGCCCCCAGAGGACAGGGAGGGUCGCUCUUUUGUGGAGGUGAUCAAUGAGAAGUACAGCCCAGAAAACUUCCCGUAUCGCAGAGGGCCUGGGAUGGGGGUUGUGGUGGUUCCCACCGCUGGUCUUCAGGGUUCCCCCAUGAAAGACCGUCUGAACUUGCCCAGUGUGCUGGUGCUGAAUAACUGUGGGAUCAGCAAGGCGGGUAACCAGGCUGAGAUCGCUGCCUUUUGUGCUCAUGUCAUGGAGCUGGACCUAUCACACAACAACCUGCAAGACUGGCAUGAGAUCAGUAAAAUUACAUCAAGCAUCCCCAAUCUGGAGUUCCUCAACCUGAGCUCCAACCCACUGGCAGGAACCUCUCUGGAGCCGCAAUGUGCUGAAGCCUUUUCACGAGUGCGACGCCUCGUUCUUAACAACACCCAGAUAUCCUGGAAUACUGUGAUGCUGCUGACCCAGAAAAUUCCUGUGCUGGAGGAGCUGUUCCUGUGCCUUAAUGAGUACAGUAGUGUGAGUUCCUCCAGCGUGGCCUGCCCCACCCUACGCCUGCUUCACAUCACCGACAACAGCCUCCAUGACUGGGCCGAAGUAUGCAAGUUUGGCUCCAUGUUUCCCAGCCUGGACACUUUGAUCAUGGCCAACAACAACUUGGCCUCUAUUCAGGACAACAAGGAUAUCGUGGCACGGCUCUUCCCCAACCUGCGCAGCAUCAACCUAAACAACUCAGAUCUCAACCGAUGGGAAGACAUUGAGAAGCUGAACUUCUUUCCAAAGUUAGAGGAGGUGCGGCUGCAGGGCAUUCCCCUACUGCAGGCUUACACUAACGCAGAGCGCCGGAACCUCAUGAUAGCACAGCUUCCCUCAGUAUCCCAUCUAAACGGCAGUGUUGUGACUGACAGCGAGCGAGAGGAUGCAGAGAGGUUCUUCAUUCGUCACUACCUAGACUGCCCUGAGAAAGAGCAACCUUACAGAUACCAUUCCCUGGUAACCAAGUACGGCAAGCUGGAGCCUCUCGCUGAGAUUGAUCUCAGACCUCGCUGCCGGGCACAGGUCAAAGUUCACUAUGAGGAGAAAGUAGAGCAGGUGAUCAUCCGUUUGGACCAAACUGUCGGAGAGCUGAAGAAGCAGCUGACAACUGUGGUCCAACUCUCCACAAACAGCAUGAGGCUUUACUACAUUGACAAGAACAGCCCCUUUGGUCCAGAGGAGUUGAAGUACAACACCCUGGCCCUCCACUCCUACAGCAUCCAGGAUGGUGAUGAAAUACUGGUAGUGCGCAAGACCAAGUAGAAGCCUAAUGUUCAACAGCUUGAUAAGAAGGAAUUGAUUAUCUAGGAUUAUGUUGAUUGCUUAAUUGAUAUUGCUUAAAAACACUUUUGAAACAACAAAGAUGGCCUGCCUUUUGGAAUGGAGAAAUGCAGUAAAUGGAUGAGUGCCAUCUUGGAGACUGGAAAAUUAACUAUGGUGGGCUGCCGGUUGGCCCUUGCUGGAAAUUCAACAAUAAUGCAAGAUCUGUCAUAGCGAAGGCUAAGAGCGCAACAUGAAUUCAGUUUGCAGUGUUAGCAGAGAAGAAAGCACUGUAGCCAAACUCUGUUGCAUUUUCAUUACGCGGCAUCCACCAAAGCACCUUCACUGGCAAAUACCCAGCACUGCUCGCUUGCCCGCCUGCUCAACAGCUACCCUGAUUUAGGUAACAAGAGCCUUUUGCCAUGUGGAGGCAGACUGCUGCUCUCAGGUGCACUUUGGCCUUCGACAACUGCCCAAAACAAAUGUCAGGCACAGGAUGAAGGAUGAAACCGGAUCCAUUUCUGAUGGAGGAUGAUCUAAUCAUGUUUUUACAUCAAUAUAAAGGUGCAAGGGUUUAUUUAUUUGUGAAGUUUAUAUAGGCUGAUGGUCUAUGAUUGGUGUUUUUAAAUUACAAUAAAAGCGUAAAAUCAGUUUCCUAUUAGGUGACAAUAAGAAAGAGCUGGGUUAUAUUAAUUUAGCACAACAAAUCUUCAGCCACAAGAUUGCAAACUGGAGACAUCUAACCUUGCAAAUGUUAAAAAUGAGACAUUAUUUUAAAGUCAUUCUCACAUUACACUGAGAUCUGAUGUGUCAUUACACAACCUCAGUUGUAAUGUGUUCACACACACAUCCUCACAGGUUAAAGCAAAACAGCUCUCAUGUUUGACGUUAUAUGCUGCACCCUGCAGGCCUCCUUGUAAGGCAAAACAUGACUGCUAAAGAUAACUGAAAAGACAAUCUUUGAUCAGCCUUUAUAAUUUAGGCCAAUCUCUGUUUACCAAUUAAAAAGGGAUUCUGAGAAAUGUUAGUUUGUCUCAUCACCGUCAUCUUAUUAAAAUGUGUUUCCAUUUUUGUCCAUAAGCCUGCAACACAUUCCAAAAGAUGCAUUUCAAGUAUUUUAGUCACUGUGGAGAUGUUCUGGUGUUUAAAAAUCAACCAGUAAAGUUAUUCAGGUGUUUUUUUUGUCUUAAGAGCACAACGGUAAGGAGUUUUCAACCUCUUCACAAAUUCAGUUUGGAAUGUCUCCACAGAUUUUCUUUUUUAGGUCAGAUCAUGAUUAGAUUCGGGUCAGUCUUUCCUCUUCCUCAGUCAAACCUUUGUAAAAUAUGCAGAAUGGUGUUUGACACUGCAUGAAAAAUGUGUGGACCACCCAGGGAAAGAUGCAGAUAUUGCUCUUAAAUCUCUGCUGUACUUUUGUGCAUUAGUGCUGUCAUCACAGAGGUUGAAUUGAGAUUUUGGGGGUGGGAUGUUCCAUUUCCUCUUUGGUCUGAAAAAACCUAGGCCUGCACACUAACACUAUAGUCAUUCCAUAAUAUUCUGGACUGUUAAAUGAGAAAUUUGCAAAUCCCACCUUAACUGAAAGAACUUUGCUUAUAGAUUGCCGAUCGAUGAUGUAUUACAGAACUUUUACACACUUUGCCAAGUUUCAACUACAAUCAUUUUUGGGGGAUUUCAUGUGAUAGAGCAAACCAAAGUAGCACAUAUUUGUGAGGUGGAAGAAUUUUUUAUUAUAAAAUCAGAAAACUGUGGCAUGCAUAUCUAUUCAGAACCUCCUUUCACUGCAGUUACAGCUGCAAAUCUUUGGGGUAUAUCGCUACCAGUUUUAAACAUUCUUCUUGGCAAAAGUAGUUCAGUCAGAUGGGAUGAAGACUCUAUGACCAUCAAUUUUUAUAUCUAGCUACAGAUUGUCAAUUUUAGAUUUGGACUUUGACUAGGCCAUUCUAAUACAUGAAUGCUUUGAAAUAAGGCACCCCAUUACAGCUUUGGCUGCAUGUUUGGGGACAUUGUUCUGCUGGAAAGUGAACCUUAGCCUCAGCCUCUUGCUAGGGCUGUGUUGUACUUAACUCUAGUCAUCUUCCCUCAUCUUCUGACCCAGCUUCCCCAUCCCUGCUGACCCACCACAUGAUGCUACAAGAAAAACCAUGAGGAUGGUGUUUAUGAUGAUGUCCAGUUUUCAUUUUUCACCACACAGAGUUUUGCACAUAGACCAGAGAUUUCAGUUUUGGUGACAUCUGAACAGGCCAGCCUCUUCCAGAUGUUUGCUGUGUCUCCUACAUGGCUUGCUGAAAUCUUAAAACAAAAUCUCUUAUAAAUUUCCUCUAACAGCUGCUUAUCUUUUGCUAGCCUUCCAUAUCAGCCAGGUUUGUGGAGUGUACAGGUCAUGUCUUCAGAGGUUUGUAGUUGUGCCAUAUUGUAUUUUGAUUUCUAAUGAUGAAUUGAAUUGUCUUUUAAAGGAUGUUCUGACCUUGGGAUCUUAUUUUAUAAUCUUUAAACUUCUUCACAACCUUUCCCCUCACCUGUCUACUGUGCUCUUUGGUCUUCCUGAUCCGGUUUGUUCACUGAUUUUCUCUAACAAACCUCGGAGGCCUUCACAGAACAGCUAGAGUUAUACUGUGAAUAAAUUACACACCAGUGAAGACUAUUUAACAAUUAGGUGAUCCGUGGAUUUCACUUGAGUUUAUUUCAAGGUAUCAGAGUAAAGGAGACUGAAUUGAAAUUCACAACACAGUGAAGAGAGUUUUUGUUGAAAAUCCUAAGUUCUUGAAUGAAAAGCAAACAUUAUAUAUAUAUUUUUUUGUUUCUUGAAGACAUUUCACCUCUUAUCCAAAAAGCUUCUUCAGUUCUGUUCAUGGGUGAGAAGUAUCGGAUGUAGUUGUAUUAAGAAUCAGGUCAUCUGAGUCACUCAUCCUCCCCUCCAUUCCAUUCAACAUUGGUCCGUGGUCACUUGACGAUCUGAACAGGUCACCUAAUGAUAUCGACCAUGUGAGUUCGGUCACAUUUCUACCCAGGGAGGUGAGACAAGGCUGCAUUGUAGGUGUUAGUAAAAUGGAACCAGAUGCCACCACUUCUGUAACCUGGCAUAUACGUUAAACAUGGAAAGGUUGGCCUGUCAGAGAAGCAGCUUUUGUAACAAAAUAAAACUACAAAAAUCUGUUGAUUUCAUGUGUAAAAUCACAUUUUUCUUUCAAUUUACAAAGAGCUCUAAACUGAACUGUUCCAAACUUGUCUUGAAGUGUGUUGCAGGCUGGAAAUGCAAAGAAAGAUGUGUGUUAGCUCAAUAAAUGGCACUGAUGUGACAAAACAAUACAUAUCUCAGGAUAGUAGUGUCUUCAGUUUUUUUUUUUUUUUGGAAUUGUUAUUGAUUCUUAGUUUAUUUACAUUUUCGAAGUGUCAUGUAAGCAGUCCAUGAACAGAUACUGAUCAUAGUUGUAUGCAUUUAAACACACCUCUGACCUGUACUUUGGAAAUGUUCUGUUCUGUGUUUCACCUGGCUGUCCGUCCUGCACAAAAACACUUUUAUCAAAGACUGAACAGUAUCUUAUUAUUAAUGUAAUUAAAGUUAUUAUAAUGUGGAAUAUAUAAAAUAUUCAUUAAUUUUAA